GACGUCAUAUAUAUAUCACUAGGGUACUGCGGCAGUAUACUGGCAGUCCAUAACGGAAUGAAUUUUUCUACAGUGAUGGCACUGUGUAGUGCUCGCAGUGCAUAUCGGAAUAUACCCUAAAUCCGUUGAUAGAUCAUAUCCUGUCAACAGACUAGCGUCCAUGGUCAAGCAAUAAACUAUGAAGAAGCUUUCAGUACCUAUUCCAACAUUUUUAUAAUCUUUUAAUUUCUAAACUAUAAGGUUGUGAAAAAAAACUAAAAAUAAAAAUGAAAUGAUUAGUCUGUAUAGUGUAAAUAAUCAAAUACAAUCAGAGCAGCAUAAAACGAUAGUCAUUGUAGAUAAAGAUGUUUAACAUUGAGUCAUAUGUUACACCUAUACUUCUCAGUUAUGUUGAUAAGUAUGUGAGAGAUUUCAAACCAGCUGAUGCUCAGGUGUCAUUAUGGGCUGGUGGAGUUACUCUACACAACCUGGUUUUAAAAGCUGAUGUUCUGCAGCAAGAAGUAUCAAUACCAUUCACACUUGUCUCAGGUCGGAUACAUGAACUACUUAUACAAGUGCCAUGGACAAAAAUUAUGUCAGAACCUAUUGUAGUUACAAUCAAUACUAUAGAAUGUAUAUUGGGCCUCCAUCCGCCACCUACAGCAGAUGAGAGUCCACCAUUAGAAGCACAUAGAUCUCAAGUUGUUGAAGCACCGCCUGGUUACAUGCAAGCAUUAGUUCGAAGGAUUGUUAGUAAUAUAUCAAUUCGGAUUCACUCUCUGAUAGUCAAGUAUGUCCAUGACGAUAUUGUAUUAUCAUUGAAUGUAAAGAGACUCUCUGUGGACAGUGUGGGAGCUGACUGGCAGCCUACAUUUGCUGACAUUGAUCAAAAUGAUCCAAUAAUAAGGCGCCUGAUACGACUAGAUGAUUUAACACUAUGUCUGGAUAAAAGCGACUCCGAUGGAAAAAUACGAUUUUAUCAAGAGCCCCUACUCUAUAGAUGUCAACUUGAUCUGAGAGUGUUGACUCGUCUAAUAUCAGCUAACAAAAGACGCGCUAGAAGCUUGACUGUUCAGCUUCGCUGUAGUCGGUUAGCUUGGGGAGUUACUAGUGAACAACUGCUGUUACUACUAAGACUGUUGAAAGAGAGGCCUCCGCAAGAUAUUAAUACACCGUCGCCCAUGCCCAAACAGUCAAGCUCACAAAAUUCGUCCAUACAUGCUGUAUCAUCGAAUUCAGUAGAGCCAGCUCGACUGGAGACUUGGUCUGAAUGGGCAUGGUCAUGGAUGCCGACGUGGAUCGAUCGAGAUGGUUUCGAAGAGACCUCCACUCCAGCAGCCCCAAUACCUAUCACUUUCUCUGCUUUUUUCGAACAUAUGUCACUUGUUUAUAAGGUAAUGGAAAUGGAGAGUAGUAGCCGUAAACGGGCGCGCGGUAUAAUUGAACUAUCCGCUGCUGAUGUAGUUAUCAGAAGCUCACUUUGUGUGCCCACUUUGAUCAGAGUGAAGUUAGGAGCAAGGCGGAUUGCUCUGACGUCACGCGGACGCUGUGUCUGCGGCCAUAGUGAUAUGAAUGCAGAGGAACCAACUGUUUAUCUCAGCAACACCGGUAGUGAUGAGGGGCAAUGGACGUGGAAUGACCAAGACCUUGAUGAGAACAAGAUAGAAUUGGGUGUGGUUGCUGAUGAACAAAUGAGCGAACCGGCCGAUUCUGCUAGAAGGGGAGGUGACGAGCUCGAUAUGUUUUGGACAUCAAUGGCGCCAGUUCUAUACGCCGAGUACAAUCACGAUAGAACACCCUCUAAUGCACUCGAAAAUCCAUACGACAAUCCACCCGAGGAUUUUCAGUACAGUGAUUGGGUGGAAGACAAUACUGUAAAAGUCAUCAUAGCGCCAAUGACAUUCACUUUAAGUACAGGACUAUUGCAUCGUCUGAAUGCAAUAAAAAAAAUAUUAAAUGAAGUAAUGCCUGCUCCAACGGAAGAAGAUUUUCCAGUGCGGGUUCUUACAGUGGAAGAAUGCGACGCCUUGUCAGAGAACUUACCACAACGUCGUAUUUUUGUUGAAGUUACCAAUGUUCGUAUUAGAUUCCUACCGUGGGACCAUAGCGUCAACGAGAAACCAGCCAAGCCCAGUGUUUUGUUGGUUGUGGAACUUCCUAAGGGCAUCAUUAAUCUGGCUAGCCCUCUUUACCCACAUAGGGUUUGUUCGGCCGCAUGUCAAAUGCCAGAUGAUAACGGGCCACUAUCGCAGGGGUCCCGUUUGCAUGUGUCAGGCACCUUUUCAUCUCUGCAAGCGAAAAUAUCCGCCCCCGAUGAAGAUCGCCAUAAACCGUUUGCCCGCGCCGAUUUAAAAUUCGUCGUGCAUUCGCUGCUGCACAAGGAUUAUUUUAAGAGACACGAUAACGUCAACUUAAGCUACAGUCUCAAAAUUAAUGAGGCAAAUAUAUGUGGUUCUUCAGCGCGAUCGCAAGCAGCAUUGCAAGUUUUGGUUUCUUUAUUCACUGAGCAAGUUUCUCAGCCUCUGUGGUACACUACGUUGGUAGAUGACGCUUUGCACGACGAAGAAUCCGUCGCAGUCGACGUGACCUUAGAAUAUUUCUCCGUUCGUGGAUACUUGACCAAAAAUAUCAACACUCACAUAAUGUCAUUGCAUUCAGCUAAAGCUACUGUUCUGCAAGCAACAAGUGACGAGCAGGUUAAACAGGCUUGGCUAUUAUCUGGCCCAGAAUCACCAACCACCACUCCUUAUUUACGUACGGCGUUUCAGUGGUGUGCGGCGCCAGAUGAAAAUUCAAUAGACUAUCUUGGAAUUUGGAUAGAGCCAUCAGCUUUAUCUAUAGAUCCUUUGUUUGUGACUUGGCUCGCAUAUAGGCCAAAAUUGAAACCUUUAAGUACAGAUUUAAACUGUCAAUCACCAUGUAUGAAAAUGUCAUCGUCGCAGUAUCUUUUCCGAAGGCGCACAACGCCACCAUCGUCGAGUGGUCGAGGCAGUAAGACAGGCUCGGGAGCUGAGGUGCACGUGAGGACGCGAAGUGUCGAGUCCAGUAGCGAGAGGAGUGAAAGAAAACAGAGCAUGCCGGCACCUGAGUUGCAAAGUACUCCGUUCAGCGGAUGGUUGAAUAGUGAGCGGCUAAUGGGCUUAUACGAUCGAUUGAAGCGCGUGCUGAUAACAGCCGAGAUCGGUCUCACGUUGGUCUACAUUACGGAGACGAGCGCAUGCGCAGUGGAGUGCGAGACUAUACGAGACGCAAUGGAGCGGCACGCACUCGCCGCGCAAAGAGUGUUCGCUAUCAGUCUCGCCCGAUGGUCAAUGCAUACAAAUUCAGCAAUGACACACAUUUGGCAAGAAAUACGUCACGAUGGACCCACUUUCCUCACUCCGAAAAAAGACGAACCAAUUGAAGAAUCAUUUCCGUGGAAGAUGCGUAUCGCGGACUUAUCCUGCUACACAUUGGAAGUUCGCGCGGGCACCGAACGUUCUGGACGUGACAAGUACAUGGGUGCGCUCAAGUCUCAGCUGCAGGCGUCCCGAGUACCAAUGCCAAGAACUGUACUCGAAAUUCUAGCAACCAGCUUAACAUUGUCAAUAGUCACCAAAUCCCUGCAGAUUACUAUGCCUAAGAAACCCCAGGCGAAGAAACGUGAUGAUGAAAGUAAAGAGGACGAUAAAACUAAGUAUUUUACUGGAGGAUUUAAUUUCAAGCCAUCAUCGUUAAAAGAAUUUGUACGAGGACCUUUAAGUCGGAAGAAAUCCCCAAGUCCAGAGCCAAAAGUCGAACCAGCCGAGGCGCAGCACGCACAGACAAGUAGGAGCGGCCCCAUAGUCUCAUUUGGAGUCAACCUUCAUGCGGACACCCCACCGGUUAUUGUUAGACUAGACCACGAUCAGGUUCACGCCGUAGCUGUUGCCAUUCAUUGUUUUACUCACUUGGGAGCCAUACUGACAAGAACACCAAUGCAAUAUCCGAAACAAAGCUGCUCAUCGAUCGGCAUUGCACAAAGAGCGCUAAUACGAUCGGUAUCUGAACAAGAUGAACAGCGAAGUCUUUCCGAAGAUACGAGUGAGCAUAGGUCGGAACAACUUAUCAGCAUAUUCGAAGCGCACCGUGCGAGAGAACCUAUUAAAGUCAAAACGUUCUUCUGGUGCCAAUGGGUAAUAAGCAGGGUAUCCCUCGUGGUUGCCUCGCCUUGCACCAAAUUGGCCUUCGACACGGAAGACGUCAUCGCCAGCCUAGAUCUACAACAGCACUACAAUCAGUUGAAGAUUAAGAUUGCCUGCGGGUCCGUGCGACAUUACGAAAGAAUUCACGGAAGUGACGAUUGGAAAGCGGGCGUCCUAGACGGUCGUGUGUUAGAAGUAGGUGAACCUACCAACGCCAUGGAGGAAAACAAUUUCCUUGCAGUAACAGUGACUCAAGCGCAAAUAUCCAAUCUACCUGAAAGUUGGAAGGAAGAAAUAGACCCGAAAUUAAUUGAACAGAAUGCAAAAGAGGACAGCGUGUGGGAGAUUUACGCGACAGUAGCGCCAUUGGAAGCAGCUAUACAACCUGAAGUGCUGGAACAGAUCGUGAGCUUAGUUCGAGAUUUGUCGCCUAAAUCGUCCUGUCCCUUGAAGUAUGAGGCACGCAGGGCAAGUCCAUGGUUGUGGCCGUUUUGCUACGUGAGUGCGGGUGGACUACGCCUACUCAUCACAGACAACAUCGAAAGCAAUUUAGAUGACACGUUUAUAUUUUCUGUUGGCAAAGUGACUGUCAAUCCUCAUCCGGAGAAUCCCAUUUGCAGGCGCACGAUAAAGUCUGCAACAGAGAGCACAUGGGCAGCUCUUAAUCCUGGGUUAGAAGGACGACAAUAUGAGGUGCUUAUGCAGAAUCUCGCCGUCCGUUCUACAAGUUUCAAACAAUUGACCGUUGAAUCUGAAAUGCUUCGAAGCACGAGUGGUGAGAAUCCAGCUUUCAAAUGGAGUCAACCAGUCAUAUCACCGACCAUUACGCCUGUCUUACAUUCGGUAGAUUUAAGUUACGUGCUGGCACCGGCAUUGUUCUGUAGCGGGGCGCUCGUGUACGGCCCCGCCGUGGAGGUCAACCUGGUUUCCGACUGCGCGAUCGAGCUGAGCUUGAAUACACUCCAGGUGGCCUUGCGUGUUAUCGACAAGAUCAACAAUGCGUUACAGUACAGGGAGGGGAACUCCAUGAUGUUGGUUGAAGAGGCUGUGACUUGUCCCUACUCGUCGAUGUUUGUGGAUCAACAAAGUCUGGACUCGUCUCAGUCGGAUAGCGAUGCCGUCAUAGUGGAAGAAAUAUUAAGAACUAGUCCGGAAACAAAGAGUACAGUCAACGCAGACUCUGGAGUCGACACGGCUACCUCCCAGUCAACGUUCAAAUUGAAUUAUCCCGAAACUUCGGCACAAGCCAAGAAGUCUGUCUCCAUUGCAUUACCUAAUUACAACAUGAAGCCAUCAGAAUACAUGGAGAUCUUCGUGACGAUGGGCGUGAUAAAGAUAUCUUUGUACGUCAGUGACGAUGGUUCCCCCGAAGUGACGGCACUUCGUCCACCCGCAGUUACCCAACCGCAGAACAAGGAAGCUGAUGAACCAGCGAUCAAGGUGAUAAUAGACGAAGCGAAGCCUAAAAAAAGCCACGGCAACACUUCGGUAUCGUCGGGCCAAAGUCUCACUGAGACGACAAGACACGAGGACAUGGUUAAACAGAGAACUCACUUUACAAGCGACCAUCCACUGACACGUAAAAUUGAAGGGAUUAUUCCUCUAAUCAACGUGACACUACAUCAACCGAACUUAUAUUAUUGGCGAAGAAAGAUUCAUAAAAACUUGCAGGUUUCAUUGUUCAAUUUAUGGGUGGGUUUUGGCACAAGCGAUGAAGCAUGCAAUGAAACGCUAUUGCGCACUGCUCAAGGUUUAUCUGAUCCAGAAACGGAUAUACCUCCGGCUUUGGCGACACUAAGGGCCGAACAAAUACCAGGUAGUUAUGUUAGCGGCCAUGCUGCAAGGGGGAGUAUCCAGCUUGACAUUGAGAGGCCAGUGCUACUCGAGCUGUCUACUGAUAAACUAAAGAGAAUUAAAGGCGUAAUGAGUCUGAUUGAAAAAUAUGUUCCACGGGAAUCCAAGAAUGACGUUGAUCCGAGUUUACCUGCGUCGUACAAGUUACGCAGAUGUAUGGUUCGCAACAAUAUAGAGAGCAUAAUAAUACAGACAAGCCAGAUGGGCGUUAGAAGUGAAGAAGGCGCUGGUGGUUGGGAACGACUUCAAGCACAGAUGGCGUGCGCUAGCAAACCGGAUAGGCUUAUUAGUAGAGUGCUGAUAGAAGCGUUGGUAAUUACCGCCGGUCCUUCCACUGAUACAAGACACGUAGUGCUGCAUCCGAUAUGUCUGGGAGGGACAUUUGAAGCGAACUGGGAAUCGCAUCGUCGAGUUGAGAUACUAUGCACGCACGAACCCAGGCUUCGUAUCGCAAUGGACAUUGACCGAGUGAUUCUAGACUUACGGCCGCAAGACUUGAGUGUCGUCGCUGAUAUAAGGGACACGCUGAAAGAAAUAUUUGAACCCACUCAGGUACCCGACAAUUCACUGGACGGAAGUUUGAGCAGUGAUGAGCUUAUGGCGAAAGUAGCUAUGACAUUCAACUUGAGCGAAGCUUUUAAUUCAAAGCAGAACAUUGACCAAAAUUACUACAAGGACGAUCUCAGGAGUGGUGCAUUUAAGAUAGUGUCGGCUGAACAACUACCAAUGGCGUAUCAAGUGACGAUUUACAGCGAUUCUGUGUCUUGGCGAUAUCCGCACCCGAGGGCAAUUACCCGUCUCAUAGCGUACCCAAUACCGGGAAUGGAAAAAGAAACGGAAUGUGUGUUGGAAUUGUAUAAUUCAAUGCUACAUCGCUGGGAGACACACACAUUCUUCAAAAUGCCGACCAUGGAGGAAAGAGAACUAAAGCUAAACACGGAUCCCUCGGAUGCUGCAUUCGCUUUUAUGUGGCGUGUCAGAAUAUGCUUGCAUAGUCAAAUAAAAACAGUACCAUUCGAGUUCAACGCCAGUAUGUUUAUGCCCAAACGGGAUCCAUUUGUUUUCGAAAUGCCACCGCAGCAAGAUUACUACAGCAAGUCUUGUCCAAUAUCUGCCGAGCAACUGUCGGCCGCGUUGCGUGUGGACUCGUACUUUGCGCCGCGUUCCUUGCCCCGCCUACGCGUCGGCGUGCGUCUAGUGAACUUAGAUAUCAACGUGCAUAACGCUCUACCAAAGCUUACGAGUGAUAUGAGCAAACUAGAAGGUUACUACGUAUCGCGACCACUGUGCCGCAGUCAUCGCACGCUUACAAUGCGACUCACGGAUACAGCCGUGCAUUUUAUAGGCGCGGCUAAGCCUAAGGUUAACUACGACUCUAAACUAUCAUGCGACGUAAUAGACUCCGCUACUGGUACUAUGGUGCAAUUCGUCGAUGAGUUUCGUAUUCAAGGCGCUUUGUAUGUGAGCCAACCGAGCAAAUUACGUAUACGCAUCGGCGAUGUACGUCUCGCUACCCACGUCCCCAGAAUAUACACACUAAGGUCUUUAGCUGACGACUGGAAACGGAGUUACGAUGAGAAUAUUAAUAAGACAAAGUGCCCGGAGAUGAGUAAUUGCUCAGUAAUGGAGAAGUUGCAAGGGCGUGUUUCGCUGUGGAUUCACAACGAAAGUGAAAUCGCACUACGUGUUGGUCAACAGGGUACGGAUGAAGUUGUACCCCUAGGGCCAGGGGUGAGCUUGUCUUACAGGUGGCGGUCACCAACAGCACCGAAAAGAAUACGUUUUGCCAAAGCAGGACCAGCGGCUGAUUGGCAUUGGUCGAUGAGCAUACCAUUCAAAGAAGGCAAGUGUCGGGUUAAAUUGGAGAACUCUGAAAAGCUUGUGCAGUAUGAAGGUCCAUACUUACACGUGAGGGUUCACCACAGCGGACCGACGCGGAACAUGUACCUGUCCACCGGACUACAGUUGAUCAAUGCUACGAGACUACCGCUUAUAUAUAAAGUGCGGUCGCGUCGUUCUGGUGAUAUAUGGCAGACAACUAGCUCCGGCGACCUGCAUCCUGAGACUAUUGGUAUGGGCGUGCUGAGCUAUCCGGAAAGCGAUUCAAUACUCAAGGUUAAAAUAUCAUCGCAGCAGGAAUCUGGUUGGUCUGGUGAUAUCCCACUAAGAGAGUGCCGAAAAGAAAACGUCCCUUGGCUAGUUAAAGUUCCGAGUAACGGCGCAGUGCCAUACAUAUCGGUGUGGUGCCGCGUCAUACGUGGCAAAAAUGACGGGCGUAUCGUCGCUGCAAUAUGGCCGUUUUAUAUACUAACGUCGCAUUUACCGCUAGACGUUGACGUCCAAAUAUUAACAGAUGCAGGUAUAAGUCACUCGGGGACGAACGAAGAAUCGCAGCCUAUUGCAAUACUAGAGACAGCGCCUGGUCGCGGAACUAGCACUCAUCUGAUAGCGGCUGGCACCACAUCUGCUAGGCACACACUCACCUUCCGAUACUGUAACAUCGAGUGUCCAGUAACACGUGAGGCAGUGCCGCUACAUUACAGCGUCACUGAGAAGUCCGUGUUCGAGAAAUCCCCAGCACUGGCGAGUGUCGACGAGUUGCUAGACAUCGUGACUAAAUGGUUUACUCGAUCCGCCAGAGAAGCGAAACCAACGUGGCCAUACUCUAUCGUAACGAAUCACUGGACUGGAACCUGGCAACCGGCGCUCCUACAACCCAGGUGUGAUGUCAAUGUGAGUUACAACGCAGUGCGUGCCGGUGGGGGCUGUUCUCUUGAGCUACAACUCUGCCCCGCGGUUCUGUUCGCGAAUGCGUCCCCGAUAGCGAUAACUCUGCGCUCCUACGACGCGGCACCUCUUUGCAAACUCGAGCCGGGUGUUGCUAUGUGUCCUCCCUCUGUCAUACUUAAGAAACCAUUCUUCAUGUCUGUUGAGAUGGGACGCGAAACAUUUGUGAGUGGUCAGCUGGAGGUGUGUGAGCAUGUGGGACGUUACGACACCGGGACGCGGGGUCGUGUCACAUUAGACAGAGCCUGCGCCGCAGCCAUUCACUGCAACCAAAAGGUGGCGUUACUUACAUUGUACUACGAAAUCAAAGAAAAUAUUAACGUACUCGGCGUAACAUCGACGUAUGUUCUCAUCAAUAGAUUGAACACUGACAUUUUGGUUUCAGCUAUUGCUGUACCAACAGAGAUGGAUAGCAACACAGUAUUGAGACCAAAGAUGUACAAAUGUGUUCGUCCAGUAUCAAGUGAAGGAGAAAGUAACGCGGGCGUGCCGCUAUGCCGAUUCUGGGUCGUCGGUCGGUGGCGCGGCGGACAUGCCGAAGAGUUGCGCACGUUUCUCUGUCUCUCUCUGGCGGCUGGCACCUGUCCCGCUCACACACCCGUUCCGGUCCGGCUCGGUCAACCUCCCCUACGGAAACCGAUUGCGUUGCGGAAUGAGUACAAUGUUUCGGUGCCAGUAGUCGUAUGUCAACAAAUACACGAAGACCGAUGUAUAAUUACGAUCGCUGAAGACCCGUGCCCGCAAUACGUGAUACACAACAGGACGGGCAAAUCCCUGACCGUGGCUGAACCUACGGACCUCAUCAUUCAGGAACUGUCGACCAGAGGAAAUAUACAGGCGGUCGAGGAAUGUGAAGGCGCUCUUUGGAGGUGCGUGGUUGCAGAGGGAACGUUGACACAUUACACUAGCCCCUCCCACUGUGGCAGAUUCCCGCCCACUUGUGACGUGCCUCGCACACUACCGCUUCUCACGGUCUCCACUGUCAGAGAGGAAAUUCCCCCGGAGUGGUGUCAGCCAAUAGUGGUGACUGAUGGUGAACAGCUUCUGCAAAUGUCUGGUGGUAUGACCAUCAAGGUGCGCGUUAGGACACACCCUCAUUCUACGCUCAUCGAAUUUCUAGACAUCGAUCAGAAUGAUAUAUCAGCUAGCGACAUUCGGCGUCGUUUGCUCGGACCGUUACCUUCGGACACAGUGUUGUUGGACGAUGAUAAUAGUGAAGAAGUACUCCAAAUGGGCCCCAUACAAAAAUUGCGGUAUCCAUCAGGAAAUGAAUCAUCGGACUCAGUUGAUGAAAGUGAAGUCGAAGACACGAUACUGCUCACCUUCCGAAAACGUAGUAGUGAUGAAAAUAAGGAGAAAGAGAAUGAAAGACAUGAUUUUACACCGCGCGGAAUGGUGAUAAUGAGGGGUACAGUGGAAGUCUUAAGAGAUUCUUCGUUGGCGAAUGUAUCAGCAGCUGUCCACCAUGAUAUCGCCGCAUCAUUGGAGGAAGCUGAAAGUUUGAAGCCUGGUGAUGCAAAACCCAGUCAAAGUUCUAUGGAUUUACAAGGCGCGAAUUAUGCUGAUUUGUCGGAACAACACGCAUGGAUGGAAAACGAUCGCAUCGCUUGCGUCAUUGACAGUAUAACUGUGAGCGUGGCUAACAGCUGGGACGUGCGGCCAAUACUCGGCUUACAUCUACGUAGAGUAGCGGUUCGAGCGGACCUACGAAAUCACGCUAGGAAGACAAGAGUGAUAUUAACCGCAGGAGACGUUCAAGUCGACAAUCCUCAGUACGAAGACGGCCAAUACGACUUCGCUGUAGUUGCGUGCGCGCGCGCUGACAUUGAAGAGGAACAAUGGCCGCCGCUGUGGAACAUUGCCGAUGAUGCGUUCCAACCACGUGAGGAUCUGGCUAGACUGAUGGUGAAAACUUGCUGUGAUAGGUGGACGGUGGCUAAUAAUACUUUUUCUGAACUGACCGAAGUGGAGGCUAAGAUAGGUCCAUUGGCGUUGUACGUAGAGGACGCUUACGUCACUGCGAUUGUGGAGUUGGUCCGAUUAGCCAUGCCGCCUACGCGGACUGACGCUGAAGCGGUUACAGAAGCGGAAACGAUUUACUUACAAAAACCGCUCCGCUUGCGACGCUUAUACUUACACCCGUUAGAUUUGACACUCACCUUACAUACAGCGGUUCGAAUGUAUAUAGCUCUGGAUCAAAGUCCGUUGCGGCUAAGCGCGUUCCAGUUGCAGGAUAUGAUGACAACAACGGGCCGGCUCACGCACGCUCUCACUGUACACUAUCUGUCGGCGGCCAUCUUGGGAGCUGGUUGGGUAGUGGGUGGGCUCGAGUUAUUGGGCGCCCCUGGAGCGCUCGCGGCCCGUGUCGGCGGGGCUAGCGGUGGCGUGCGCGGGAUCGCAUCCACGGCGGCUGCGGCUCUCUUGCGCUCACUGUGCAGCUGUGCUGGGUCGCUCGCACGUAACCUUGACCUGCUAGCUGGUGACGAGGAACAUGCCUCUAGAGCCGCCGCUGCCAGAAGACGACCUCCUCCGAGUUUUAUGGCUGGACUUGUCGCUGGCGUGUCAAACUUUGCCAUUAACAUACUGGGUGCUGUUGGCGGGUUAGCUCACCAUCCUCUUGUGGGUGUCGCAGUAGGAGAAAGUGAAAGCAGUACGACAGCUUUAAGACGUGGCCUGCUCGGAGCCAUAACCAAGCCCCUAAGCGCCACGGCUGACUUAGUAGCGUACGCGGGUCACGGCUUGCUUACACAAACCGGUUGGGAGCCGGUGCUAAAGCCUCGUUUGCUGCCGGACAGCGUGACCGCAAUGGCUGUGGUCGGAGGCGGAGCGCCGGGGUGGCGACGUGACUGCGUGCGCUGGACCUUCCGGCUUGCUGAGCUGAUGACGCUCGCUGGCUUCGAGGUGCUACUCGACGAUGUGCAACUGCAUCUUUUGCUUACCAAUAAGUUUUUAGUAAUUGCGGAACCGGAGUCAGAACGUAUUGUCGAAAUGAUAGACUUCAAGACAUGCUCUAUCACGCCCUACAAUGGACAUGUUAUACAGUUACAAGUAGCACAAAGGAAACCUUCGCGAUUAUCUGAAAUAGCAGUGGACGAAGACAAUGAGUAUCAGAUAAGUGCGGCAGCGAUGGCACGAGUGGCGCGGUUUACCGGUGCGGGUGUCGGCGCUGAGGGCGAAGUCCGGGUGCUCACGCUACAGACAGCGCUAGGGCUCUCACAUGCCCUCCACGCCGCCCUAACUUCCGCCAUACAUCACAACAACGCCGCGCAUUUUGCCUUACUAUGAUAUCAGCUAUUUAGUACAUACGGGGACUGUGUUUUGUUGAUAGUUUCACAAUAUAAAUCUUAAUAUAUAUAAAUUACGUGUCACGUUGUUUGUCCGCGAUGGACUCCUAAACUAAUGAACGCAUUUUAAUGGGGAUUACUUCAGUGUUUAGUCCCAACUUGAGAGAGAGGAUAGUUUUUAUUUCGAUUUGGGACCCAUUUUUAUUUUUAUUUUCAAUAUUUGUUUUGCAUGGACAUAUUGUCAGUGUUUGACAGUUGCACUGUGAAACAAUUUCGUUAUUACAAAAGGGAGCAUUUUUUACGAAAUAAUUCUUGAUGUUUUGAAAUAUUAUUGGCAAAUUCCUAUAAAACAGUAUUUUUUUUUAUU